AAUGAAAAGACAUGGUUAUCAUUCUUCGUGGGUUCUGAUCUGAGUGAAAAAGAAAAAAAGAAAAAAAUAGUUCCAUGUUUGUUUUCUCCCACUUUAAUGCACGAUGAUGCUGAGUCUGCAAACACGUUCACCGUCGUUUUCUCUCAUUUUCUCUCCGUUCAAACCCUAUUUUCCACCCUUCAAAUCCCAACCCCGUUUCUCAACGAUCAGGAUGUCCUCAAGCCAAAGUGUGGUGGAGCACAUUGUCCUCGUCAAGGUCAAGGACGGAACGGAGCCGAGCAAGGUCAGCGCCAUGGUCAACGCCAUGAACUCGUUAGCCUCCAUCGACGGGGUCCUGCAUCUCACGGCGGGCUCAGUUCUCCGUAACGGACCCACCACCGCUUUCACCCACAUGCUCCACAGCCGCUACCCCUCCAAGGACCACCUCCAAGCCUACAACGUGCAUCCGAGCCACAUCGCCGUCGCCACCGGCCUCAUUUUUCCGAUCAGCGACGACGUCAUGGUCGUCGACUGGGUCGGUGCAAAAACGACGCUUAACCCGUCGGCGACGGGUUCGGGCCUCCGCGUGAGGUUUUUGAAGCUGAAGGAGGACGUUGGGGACGACCGCGACGAGGUUUUGAGUGUGGUACGAGGGGUGAAGGAGGGUGUCGGAGAAUUGUCUUGCGGCGAGAACUUCUCGCCGGAGAGAGCGAAGGGGUUCUCGAUCGCUUCGCUGGCUAUUUUCCCUGGACGGAAGGAACUGGAGAGUGUGAAGUUGGAGGAAGGGUUGGUGAAGGUGGUGGAACAUGUGGAGGACGCCAUGGUUGUUGACUAUGUCGUACCUUAAGCUUUGUCACUGUUUUUGUUUCCACUUUUAUUACGUUUUACACUUCAAAGUUUCGAUUGAAUAAUUGAUUCGGCUAUAGUGGAGACUUGCAAGAAAAAGUUUCAAAAUUGCUUUUUUAUAGCAAGUGAUGUUAUAUGAAUUGUGUAAAGGAAAAGAUGUUUUGACAUAAAUGUAUUUCUUAUGCACUAA